GGGGCCGCUUUCCCGGAAGCCGGAAGUGACCGCGCCAGUGAGCGCCGCUCUGGGCUCCUGGCGGGGAUUCUAUGGUCCGCGCCCCGGUUGCCAUGGCGACGGCGUCGGCUUCGACGCCGCAGGACGCCCCCGUGCGGAGCCUGGUGAGGAGCCUCGUCCGCCUGCUGCGGGACUCGGGCGAGGAGGUGGUGUCGGGACGGAGCCUGCUGACGCUGCCCACGGCCACGCUGCGGGAGCUGGUGCGGGAGCUGGUGCGGGAGCUGGAGCCGCUGCUGGGCCCGCGGGGGCAGGGGCCGGGCCAGGGCCAGGGGCCGGGGCCGGGCCAGGGCGGCUUCGUGGCCCUGCCGUCGCACCCGUCCGGAUCGACGCAUCUGCUGGGCCUGCAGUUCCUCUUCGACGUCCUGCAGAGCGUCCCCGCGCUCAAGCUGGUGCAUUGGCCGGGCCCGGCGCCCCCCGCUCCGCCCGGACCCAUUCACCUCUUCCCCUUCAAGUCUCUGCGCCAGUUGGAGCUGCACGGCGUCCCCCUGCAAUGGCUCCGCGGGUUGCGUGGCGUCUACUCCAGCCUCCAGACCCUGGUCUGCAGCCACAGCCUCAAGACGCUACAGGAGCUGCUGUCGGGGCUGGGCGGGGACCAGAGCUCGGCCCUGCCCUGGCUGGCCCUGCUCCACGCCCACUUCGGCCACAACGCGCUCACCGGCCUCGAUGGAUCCCUGGACCUUCUGAGCGCCGUGCGAGUCCUCGACCUGAGCCACAACCGGAUCCGCGACUGCGCCGCCUUCCUCGCCGCGCUGGGCGACCUCUCCCACCUGGACCUGUCCUACAACCUGCUGUCCUCGGUGCCGCUGGGUCCCCCGGGGGUGGCCCUGGGGACGCUGAUCUUGCGAGGGAACGAGCUGCGCGGCCUUGCCGGACUGGAGCGGCUCGAGGCCCUGCGACACCUGGACGUCGCCUACAACCUGCUGGAGACGCACGAGGCGCUGGAGCCCCUCGGCCGGCUGGGUCGGCUCCGACGGCUGCACCUGGAAGGAAACCCGCUCUGGUUCCACCCGGAUCACCGAGCGGCCACGGCCCGGAGGCUCUCUCCCCGCGCCGCGGCCAACGUGGAGGCCCCCGGGUUUCUCCUCGACGGAGAGGCCCUGUCGCCGGCCGACCUGCGGGGGGAGAAAUCCGACUUGCCCCCGCACCCCGACGCCUCCGUUCUCUCCCAGCCCGCCCCCCCGGCCGCUGGACCCCCGGCCCCUCCGCGCACCCCCCAGCUCCGCGGGACCCCGGAGAGCAGCUGCGGCGCCGAGCUGAGCGACAGCCCCCCACGGGGGGUCGGGGUGACCCGGCCCGCCCUCCGCAGGGGGAAGAGCCGCGUGCGGGUGCGGCGGGCCAGCAUCUCGGAGCCGAGCGACACCGAUCCGGACCCCCGGACCCCGGACCCCUCGCCCGCUGGCCGGUUCGUGCAGCAGCAGCGGGAGCUGGAGCUGAUGAGUAGUUUCCGGGAGCGAUUCGGCCAGGACUGGCUGCAGUAUCGGAGCCACCUGGAGACCCCCGGGAGGAGCCCGCCCCCGGCCCCUCCGCCCCCGCCUCCCCCGCCUCUGCCCCCCGGCCCCAGACAGCUGGGGGAGCCCGCCCGGGGGGAGACGGCCGGCAGCAGCGGGGAGGAGGAGGAGGAGGAGGAGGAGCAAGAAGAGGAGGAAGAGCGGGAGGAGGAGGAGGAGGAAGAAGAGGGCGAGGAAGAAGCGGAGCUGUGCGGCCCGGUGCUGGUGAGGCCCGUGGAGGACGCGGGGCCGGAGCGGUUCUUGCGGGUGACGCGGGGCCACGUGGCGGAGCUGGAGCUGCGGGCCGGCCGGGCCCUGAGGCGCCUCAGUCUGCGGGCCCUGUGGCGCGUGGAGGCCGGGACCGCCGCCCACCCCGUCACGGACCCGGCGCGGCCCCUCCCCUGCCUCGCCCUCCACUUCACCUACGUCCAGCCCGGCCUGCGCGUCCGGCGCUACCUGAUCCUCGACGACGACGCCGAGGGCCGUCGGCAGGAGCUCCUGACGGCCCUGGCCCCGGCGGCCGCCGCCUCGCACCCGCCGCUCGGGGAGGCGGGGACCCCGGGAAGACCUGCCGGGGCCACCGGGCUCCACUGCCUGCGCUGCGGCCGGCCGCCGGGGUCCGCGCCCCUGUGCCCCUGCUGCGGGAGCGACCACGUGGUGCUGCUGCCGGCGCCCGCGGCCGAGGAGCCCGGCCCCGGGGACGACCCGCCCCCCCCGGCCGCCUCCCCGGGCGCCGGCGGGGACGGCGGGCCUUCCCUCGGGGCGCCCCCGCCGGGCGCCCUCUCGGACGGCUGGAACCUCGGUCCUCGGCCCGGCCCCCGGGGUCUCCGCUCGGUCGACCACCGGCUCCGGCUCUUCCUCGACGUGGAGGUGUUCGGCGACGCCGAUGAGGAGUUCCAGUUCUGCCUCCAGGUGCCUCUGGUCCUGGGGGGCCGCGCCGGAGAAUUCCCGGCCUUGGUGGUGGCCUCGGACCACCGGCUCUAUCUCCUGGAGGUGACCGGGGAGAUGCGGGGCGACCCGUCCGGCUGGCUGCGUCCGUGCUGGGCCUUCCCCCCGCGGGACCUGCGUCUGGUGGAGCUGGGCCUGGCGGGGCAGAGCGUGCGGCUGGACUGGACGUCCGGAGGGGCCGCCGGGCCGGGCUGCGUCCUGCUGACCCGGGACCCCGACGCCUGCCGGACCUUCCUGCGGGAGAUGGACGAUCUGUUGCAGGCGCAGGCCCCGGGCCGGAAGGGCCCGGUCACCCCGGUCACCGCGGAGGAGAUGACCCCGCAACACCGUCUCUGGCCGCUGCUGGACCCCGACCCCGGACCCGAAGGCCCCCGCUUCUUCUACCUGCUGGCGUUCCUGGUGGGAGGCCGGACCCCGCGGCCGGUGUCGGUGCUCGUCACUCCCGCCACCCUCUACCUGCUGGACGAGGACCACCGGGGGCCGGCGGCCGACGGGGAGCGGGACGGCGUGCGGGUGAGGGAGCGGCAGCCCAUCAGCAGCCUCAGCUCGGUCGUCCUCUACCGCUCCGCCCCUCGGGACGUCCGCCUGGUGCUCUACGAUGAGGUCCUCCGGGAGGAGAACUUCUGGGCCCUGCGCCUGGGAAAUCCGGAGCUGCUGGCCGAGCUUCUGGCCUGGAUCCGGGGCCCCUGGGAAGAGCUCUUCUCCAUCGCGCUGCGGACCCUGACCCGGGAUGCCCCCGACCCGGACCCCGACCCCUGACCCGGCCCCCCCCCGAGGGCCGGGUGAGACCGGAAGCCGUCUGAGACCCUCCCCGGAGCGGAGGUGGAAUCGUUUUCUCAGGACUCAAUAAAUGUUGUGUGUUUUUGCUUC